AUGUCGUCGGGCGGUAGAGGUAAACUUUCUAGGGCCCAGAAAGGGAAAGCCGCGGUGAAUGCGACCGAAUCGAGUCCUGGACGUGUCGUCGAGUCGAGUUCCUCGCCCGAUGAUUUUGAGACGAUUCAUCGUGAAGCCAUGAUGGAUACGGAGAAUAUGGGCACGCCCCAGCGAGUCCUCGUUGCCGAUUCGGCGCGGCAGCUCCGCGAGGAGAGAGAAAAUGUAACAUUAAUUUCGAGAGACGGUCAGGGUGGAGCUGAUGUCGGAGAGACUUCCCUCCCCGAUUUCGUCCCGGGUUGUUGCCAUCCGGGGGGAAUCUUCGAGGAUCUUCCGGCUUUGGCGGUUGAGCAGAUGCGUCCUUCUGUCGUAGAGGGGCAGUCAUGGGAGAAUAUCAAGGAGCCUCGUUUGACUCCUAGUAGCGUGAAAGCUUUAUUGAGGGAAUGCGAAGGAACCGGAGUGACCUUCUUGAUCCCAACUAGAUCUCAGAGGCCGUGGUCCCCUCCUUUGGGAUUUCAGUGCGUCUAUGAGUCAUAUUUUCAGGAUGAGACCAAACUUUGGUUUCCAAUUCCUCGACUAAUCACAUCUUAUGUGAGACGUCGUGACGCGGCGAUAAGUCAAUUUUUUAAUGGCGCGUUCCGUACCUCAGUGGCAUUGAUGGUGACUGCGGCGGAGAUCGACGUUUCGAUGAGUGUUCGGACACUCGAGGAGUUGACCUAUACGAAGUCCAUGGGCGAUGGUUUAUUCUCGAUCCAAAUGAGGCCCAACUACAAUAAGAAGAGAUCUGCUCCUGACUCCUCUGCAUCGGCUGCUUCUCAAGCGAGGACUGAAUCUGAUGGCGCCGAGAAUUGUGAGACCGUUAUCGAGAAAGGUUCUUCUCGCGAUGCUGCAGCUUGGGGAGUCGUCGACACGGACAACUCCCCGUCCAUCUUUCUGAAUAAGAAGAAGACUGCCCGCAGUCAUGAGUCGUCUACUCCGGCUGCGUCUGCUUCUGCUGCGAAGAUUCCUCCAGCUGCACCUCGGACUCUUGGUGAAGGCGGUUCGGCCUCUGAGGAUCGUCGGGUCAAAUUUCAUGACCGCGUGGAGUUCAAGUACGUCGGCGAGACUCCUCUUUCCUUUGCCCUAACUGACUGUGCUGAGCUUGUUCGACAAAUUAAGGGUGGUCGCAAGGACUUGCCCGCUGUCAAGGACCUUAUUUUCAAGGACGCAUACGUCGAUGCGGCGAGGACUAAAAUUCUGAGCGACGGGAGCAUGAACUACGUCGUCGAGUUAUACGACUCAGCCCUUAAGGAAGCCACGUCAAAGUUAAAGCAAGCCGACAAGCUCGCUCGAGCGAAGGAUGUAGCCAUUGACCGCAAGACGAAGGAAUUUAAAGCGACAAUUGAUAAGGUCGCGGAGGAUCGGGCUCAACUGAUUGAGAGGAAGAAGGCUCAGAAGGCUCAUUUCCUGGAGAAAUUCGGGGAGUUGAAGGAUAAAUUUGAGGCUGCGGGUGCAAAGAUACGAGGACUCGAGGAGGAGAAGAAGGCUUGGUUAAGAGAGAAGGCAGCCAUGGAGGAGAAGAUGGUGUCCACCGCGCUGAGACACUUGAAAGAGGUCAACAGAUUGAGGGACUCUCGAGGUUAUGAGGUUACUCACGAGCGGUUUCGUGUACAAACGGCCAUGAUUGCUAAGAGCAAUAAGCGUUUCUCCCAAAUUCGAGAUCUCGAGAAGCGUCGUAGUGAGUUCAAAACAGCCAGAUCCUUGCAGAGCCAAGCUUUUGGGACAAAGAAAUGUCUCGAGGCGCUUAAGGAGAGCGGGAUCGACAUUCCGCAAGAGACGAUUGACUUGUUCGCCACACAAGAGAAAGAGUACGAGGUUGCGGCUGAACGCCUAGCUGUCGGAGGGAUCCCCGAGGAGCUUCUCUGUCUUUCUCCUCUUCAUCUUCGAUCUCCUUUUCUAAACGAGAAUGUGUGGGCGACGAUUGACCCAUAUGGAUCGAAUGCGGGCCUGAUUGAUGCUGGGACCGCUGCUUUCCUUCAAACUCCCAGUAGUUCUCAAGGAGAUCAUGCGAACGAAGGAUCUGUAGAACCGACUGGAAGAGAGCUCGGGGAAUUGCCUCUUCAAGAAGGUGGGAUCGUUGGCGAGGUCGUAAGGCUCGAGGAUACGACCGUUGCAUCUGCUUCGGAUCCGACUACGCUCUCCACCAGCCUCGUUGUGAAUGAAGAUCCGCUGGUCCCGGUUCUUGGGACUAGUGUCGAGACGGAGACAGAGCCUGUUAAUCUACUUGAACUCUCAGACUCUUCGACUGAAGAAGAGGGUGGCGAACAAUUGGAGGAGACCGAAUCCGGCUUAGUUGGUAACCCGCAAAAUGAAGAGGGAGCGGUUGACGGAACUGAUAAUCUGCCAGUUCUGCCAGCGGACGUGACUGGGGAGGCUUCAGAUCGGCUCACUGCUCAGGUCGUCGAGGGGGGCUCCGACCGUGUCGAGGACUAG